UGUGUUAUUAUACUCAUUUCAACUCAUUUUCAGGUGAUUUGCAGAUAAGCUACGUUAUAUUCUCUAACGGGAUGUUGUUCUCAUCACCUUCGACAUCUGGAGCCAACUCAUCUGUAGAAGUCAUGAGUCUAGUUCUGUCAGUCUCUGUUCCAGACACUCAGGUGACUAACCUCCGGGAUCCAGUGACGAUGUCGUUUGGGAUACCUCCGAGUAAGUCUAAUUACGACAACGCCACCUGUGUCUACUGGGACUUUACUUUGCAAAAUGGCAUCGGUGAUUGGUCAUCUGAUGGGUGCGUCAUAAACUCAACGACUGGUGACGUCAUAAUUUGUGAUUGUAAUCACCUGACACACUUUGCCGUCCUCAUCGAAUUCAGAAAGAAAGAUGCACCAAUAGAGGUUCUGUUUGCUUUGACUGUAAUCAGUAGAGUUGGCUGCUUGGUCUCCAUCGCUUGUCUUACAGCCACGCUGAUUGCAUUUCUCUCAUUCAAGCGACUUAGGUGUGAGAGACCGCAACGGAUACUGAUCUCACUCAGUGUGUCUCUACUGUGUCUUUACAUUAUGUUCAUAAUUGGCGUUGAGCCUGGGGAUCUGAGAAAAGAAUCACAGGAGACUAAAUGCUUGGUCUCUGCGGUGCUACUGCAUUAUUUUACUCUGACCUCUGUCUUCUGGAUGGUGGUAGAGGCUGUGAAUCUUUACUAUAACUUAAUCAAGGUUUUCAAGUCGAAAGUCUCACUGUUCAUGUUAAAAGCAAGCAUAUUUGCAUGGGGAGUACCAGGCCUUAUAGUUGGUGCCAUGGCCGGGUGGCAGACUACAAGAGAUCACUACUACAACGAUAGUUACUGUUUUAUGGCGGUCGGGUACCCAUUCUACUUGACAAUAGCUCUACCAGUUGCCGUAUGUCUCAUAUUCAACAUCAUUGUAUUUAUGCGCGUUAUGUGUGAGCUCAUGUGCCGUCGGAAACAGCCAACAAAUUCAGUCAAUAAUGUGUGGAAGAAUAUGUCAAAACGAGCCCAGAAUGCAUUUGGAAUAUCCGUAUUGCUUGGUCUAACAUGGGUAUUCGGUUUCUUGACCUUUGACAUUGAUCAUGACUAUGUUUUCGAUGUAAUUUUCUGUGUUUUAAAUUCGCUGCAAGGUGUUUUUGUGUUCAUGUUUUUCUGCGUUCGACAGAAAGAAGUUCGAGUCACUUGGAAAAAAUUUCUCUGUUGCCAGACACAGGCAGCCUAUAACAUUGGCUCGUCGACAGGCAGCAGUACACGCUACACUAACCGUAGUGGUCGCCCUGCAAGUGCCAACAUCGACCUUUUGGCUAAACCUCAUCAUGAAGUGAUUCAAAAUGGAAGAGUAGCAGCAGCCAUAUACGACUACAACAAAGCAUCACGUUGUUAAAGUUUGAAAAACUUAUAUAAAACGUGAGAAGAAUUUUCCCAAUGAACAUUUCAUGUCGUCUCGUUGUUUAAAGUGUGCAUGGCUAUGUCAAGGCAUAUAUAAACAGACAGUUCAUACGGCGUAUAUAUCAGGUAGGGUUAUGAAUUGAAAGUGACUAACGACUGGUUGCAGUAUUCGGCUCUACCAACAAGUGUAUAUACUGGACGCGUAUUGCAUAAAACAUAGAAAAAAACAAUACAUACUUUUGUAUAUUUUUAUGUCUACUCAGCAUGGUAAUGACUACUGUAUUCAUUUGACGGUAUACAAUGCAUUUCCGCCAUAAUAUUUGACUUUACAGGGUUCCAAUUUAAAUAACCCACAGAACUCCAUGGUCUAUAACUCUCUUUCUUGGUAAGAUUAGGUAAACCAUUCUAGUUUCCUUAAUGUAUAUUUUUCAAAUGUAUUUUAUUUUUAUUAGAAUAGAUAAAAUUAUUUUUUAUUAGGUCUAUUAUCAUAUUUUUGUAUAUUUAUGUUUUGUUUUGUUUUUUUGUUUUUCCUUAACCACGUAUAUGAACAGAUGGCCACUUCGAUCUUGAGCUAUCUGCAGGGCUGUCAUUCUCUUGACGCGCUCCUAAAUGAAGUUAAAUAUUUUGUUAAGAUUUAGUUAAUCAAUAAAUAGAAGAGGUGCCAAUCGUAUACUCCAAGGAACGUCCAAAAUGUCUUUAAUGAUUAUUAUAUUGGAAACGUCUAGAAUUAGAACUGCAAUCGAUAUAUAACUAUAUAUAAAACAACAUUAAAGUUGUGAGAAUACAAUAAUUUAUGAUGAAAAACAUGAAUUGUUUAAUAUGUAAUUUUAAAACCCGAAGAGAUAAACCGUAUAUAAAUAAUCGUAACAAUUUUUAGAACAUUGUUUGGCCUAAUAGUUGCAAUUCUAACAUUAAAUCACAUAAGCAUAGGCCUACGUAUGUCGUUAAAUCAUCAAAUUCAUAAGGUCUUACCAAAUUUAUUCGAAUAAAUGCUCCGCUUUGAAUAAACGCCCCCUCGAAUAGACGACUCCGCCAGAGCCUCAUUUGGAAUAAACACCUCCCUUGAAUAAACGCCCCCCUCAAAUGAUUGUAAA